GCUCAAACAUGGCCGCUGCCGUCCGCACCAGGUUGCUGCUGCAGAGAUCAACAGGGGGGUUUCUAUUAUCCCAGAGAGCUGCACCCGCAUUUUCUAGCCCGUUUCUCUGUAGGGCUCACAGAUUAGAGCCGGGCGACGAUGAGCUGUACCAGCGGACCACAGUAUCUGUCAUAAAGAACGAGGCCGACAGUGGGAUCCUGAUACACAGCUACAGUUCUGCAGGAUUCAACAUUGACGGAAAUCGGGUUUUUGGACCCUGUGCCGUGAUUCCUCCUGCCAUCCUGCAGUGGAACGUUGGGAGUUAUAAAGACAUCACAGAAGAGAGCAUCUCACUCUUCCAUAUGCUUGAACCACCUAUAGAGAUUCUGGUGCUGGGCACAGGAACGCGGGUCGAACGAAUUGACCCCUCUGUCUUUGCACUGCUAAAGCGGAAACGCAUCGCUGUGGAGGUGCAGGACACGCCAAACGCCUGUGCAACAUUCAACUUUCUGAACACUGAGAGAAGAUUGGUGGCUGCUGGUCUGAUUCCUCCGUCUCACAGCACGGCUCUGGAAGUGAAGCAGGACUAAAUGUUGGGACUCAGUUUAAGAGUGGUAGCCCUUUAAGGCAUAUGUUCACAUCCAAGUAAGAGGGUAGUAAGGCUUUCAGCUCAAAGGAGCAAAGCAAUUCUUAUCUAUUUUACGAAUAUUGAAGCUUGAGGCAGCCUCCGUCAGUCUCAGGCAUUCCUAUGCAAGCCAGAGAGCCACAUGAGAAUUUCCUCAAAAGUCAAAAAAAGUUGUGGAAAUGUGUAUAAUAUUCCACUUUAGAAGUAAAUACUAUCUGUCAAAAAAAUAAACAGGAAAAGAGAACGAAGCAAAAGCAAGAGUCGAGUAAAACUGUAUCAUUGUGUAUA